UAAGUAUACAUCAAACAAAACCAAGUGGGAUCCUAUAACAAAACUACUUAAAACUACUAGUCUUUGGAAAAGAGUUGUAAGACCUUGUUUUAUUACAAUUUUGAACGUGGAGGCCACCAGGAAAUCAACUCGCUAGCUAGCUAGCACCAUUGAGGUACUGUAGGGGUUACUAUAGGUUACAGUACCGAUGUGUACAGUUAUGAUCGUCAUACUAGCUACUUACGCCCCCUCUUUCGGGUUAGCUAGUUUAGCUACAUGCCUGUCUUCUAUCUCUCUUUCUCUUUCUCUUUCUUUCAAACACACUCCAAGCUCGUUCUCGGGCGGAACCGGUUCACACACACAUAUAUGCACAUUUAGACAGAGACAUAUAGAGAGAGAUUGUGUGUGAUCGACAGCUGAUGAAAUGUUCGGAGUACCUCCCCCAUCAGGAUAAAAUCAAUUAUGAAUUCGUUGCCUUAGCAAGGCUGAGGAGACCAUUUCCAGGAAACAGAAGGCAACCUCUGCAUCCGCCUCUCUCUUUCAUUUUUCGAAAAUAAAUCUUUUUUUUUUUUUUUUGCAAAUAUGGACCUGAGUUCGUAAGGUUUCAAGUUCGAUGAGAAUGGUCUCCUCCUGGGAUCUGUGAAAAACAAGUGAUUGGCCAUGGAGCCCUUCACUCUGCAGGUGCUGGCCAUCUCAUUGGUCAGUUUGCUGUGUUUCCAGUGGCUGUUCCACAGUGCCAGCCCGUGGUUGUCAGCCAGACUGUGCCCUCGCUAUGUCAGUCUCAGGUCCACUAACUCAGUGGAGUGGAACUCCAGGACAGUGUCCACUCUUCAUGCUAUGAUAGUGGGCCUCUUCUGUCUCUACAUCCUGCAGUUUGAUGACGCUGUCAACGCAGACCCAGUCUGGGGAGACCCAACGCUGGUCAGGAUCAACGUCGCCAUAACAACAGGCUACCUGGCAUCAGAUAUGCUGCUGCUCUGUUUCUAUUGGAGGGCCAUAGGAGACGCCUAUUUCAUAAUUCACCACUUGGCGGCGCUGUUUGCUUGCUACUAUGUACUGGGGGAGGGCAUGCUGCCGUACUUCGCUAACUUCCGCAUGCUGGCUGAGUUCUCCACACCCUGCGUCAACCAGCGCUGGUUCUUUGAGGUGCUGGGCUACGCCAAGUCCUCCACACCCAACAUGAUCAACGGCAUGGCCAUGACCCUGACCUUCUUCCUGGUCCGUGUGGCUGUCAUGCCCUUCUACUACAGCCGUAUGUGGGCUGUGAUUGGCUCAGAGGCGUACUACCGCGUAACCCCGGGGGGGCGGGCCGCCUGGAUAGGCCCCUCCCUCUGCCUGGACGUCAUGAACCUGCUGUGGAUGCACAAGAUGGCGCGAGGGUGCCUCAGGGUCCUAAAGUCCAUCAGUAAACAGUCGCCGGAGAAACUGCCGAAAGGAAGGCUGGCGGUGAGGGAGGGGAGGAGCGACUGAGCCUAGGGAGGAAAGGAGGAGGGACGAAGGGAUGAACAGACAACAGAGGAGUGAGGAGAGCGUGGCUCCUGACUCACUUGGACCUUCUGCUGGACUCCUUGUCGUCUGUGUGUGUGUUCGUUCACUUGUGUGUUUGUGUAUGUGGGUGUGUGUGUGUGUGUAUGCGGAUAGGUGUGUGUGCGAGUGUGUGUGUGUGUGUGUGUGUGUAUGUGUAUAUAUAUAUAUAUAUGUGUAUAGGUAUGUGUUGCUCAAGUCUGUAUUCCCAUAAGUGACCUUCUGUAGCACAUACAUCAUGGACUGAUGUAGUUUUCCCUGCGACAAUGGAAGUGCUCUUAACACAACCAGCCACCCACCUCAACACACAGUAAUGCACCCCUCUUCACCACACCCAGGCCCUGACCCUAACCCUCUUUACCACACCCAGGCCCUGACCCUAACCCUCUUCACCACACCCAGGCCCUGACCCUCC